CAACUCAUCUUUCUUCUAGAUCACGAAAAACACUUUUUAUGACAGGCUAAGUUCUCUGGAGUUAUUGUGCCUUAAUUGUGAGGCGGUUUGUGGCCGAUUUUCGCCCUCCGUGACCCGUCGUAACAGCGUCAAAUACUUCCAUUUAUAUAAGAUAAGACAUCAAUAAUAGGAAAAUUACGAAGCGCCCUCAGGAACGCUCAUUAAUUUAUCUGGAGAAAUGAAGUAGUAACGACAAGCCGCAUAUACUUGAGUAAUAAAAUAUAGUGUUGAAAUGCGUUCUUUCUGUUUAAAUAAAUUUCUCAUCAGACGUGAAAGAACGCUUAAUUAGCGAGGGCGCAUAUUAAUACUGUUAUUUUUAACGGGGCGGUUAUUUAGCCAAGGCGCUUCCACAGAGGGCGCUUGUUAACUCGUUUACGAUAAUUCAAAAUGAUUUAGUUUAUUUUUAUUCACAAGUUUUUCAAGUACCUUCGUAUGACGGAAAAAAACAAACAGUUCGUUGAAGUGCGUAUCAGAUUGGAUUUAUGUAAUGUGAUCAACAUCGAACUCAGUGUGAGAAUAUGCGAAAGACGAGUAUCACACGAACUUGAAAGACUAAUUCGGAGACUAAAACACGCAAAUAGCUUCAUGAACAUAUAAAUACGGUUGCAGGAAGCUUUUAAAAGAUGGAUGGAAGUCAUACAGCUUUGGUCAUACUUAUUGUGGUUGGAAUUUUAAUAUGGUUGUUUCUUCUCGCGACGGUUUUUGCACUGUGGAAAGUUAGACGCUUGAAAAUGUUGAAUGGCGACACACGCUACUCUAUGCUGAACGUUAAACAUAAGGGAAGUAAUGCGUUUCUUUCCCGUGAUUACGAUGAAACAAUCGACGAAUUUGGUGGUUUUCCAGCCUCUUAUUGCACGGUCCCAGUACAGACAUCGCAUUAUGAUGUAAAGCAAGAAAAGAAUUGUCUCGGCAGAGACCGAUCUUUUAGCGCCAAUUCACUUCACUGUUACGACCUGAAAUUGAAUGACAAUUAUUGGGCAAGUCCAUUAUCACCUGUGGAGGAGAAGCAAAAUAAAGCCUGCGAAGGAGUUAUAACUCAUCUCGUACGUCAAGGAAGAAAGGUUUCUGAAGUUGACUUGCGAUACGGUUCACCUUCUAAAGACACUCCACGUGCGAGUAUCACCAGUGAAAAUUCAGGAACGACAAGCAUGACUGAAGAAGAAUUGUGUACAUCAAAUACCAUUGGCGUUAAAAAAAGACUCGCCGGGCGUAGGUUGCAAAGACAAAACGAAGUCGCCGGUUGCGAUAUUCAACCGAAAAAGUUUAAAAAAGCCGGUCGUAUUUCUCUGACAACACAGUAUAUUGAAAGAGAAGAGAAACUGGUUGUAAACCUAUUGAACGCUUCAGAACUCACUCCAAAGCGACAUGAAUGCGAAAUAAACCCGUUCGUUGUUGCUUCUCUUAGACCAGGUAAAAAACAAAAACAACAAACGCAAAUUUGCCAAGAAACAAAAGAGCCAGUAUUUAAUAAGAAAAUGAUCUUUACCAAAGUAAAGAAGGACGAACUGUUGAAACAUAUGUUGAAAAUUGUCAUGAAGAAUCAGGUUUCCCCGAAGAAAUCGGAAUAUCUUGGAGAGGUGUCAAUCGCAUUGCAUUCGAUAGAUCACUUUUCUGAACAAACGUUUGAUGCCACGUUGUGUAUAGAAAGAGCAGAGACUGCGAUGACGUCAAUUCAACUUUCACUAUGUCACAAGCCUACUAACUCUAAACUGCAAGUACUCAUCAAGUCUGUAAAAAAUUUGCCCAAGAGAGGAACAUCAGGGACCUAUGCCACGUUAAUGUUGUUUAAAGAAAACGAAAUUUUAAGAUGCGAAACGUCAACGAAAAGAAACACACGAGAUCCAGUCUACAACGAAUCUUUUGAAUUUGACGUGUACACUGACAGUAUAACUCCACUUUGCACUUACUCACUAGUGGUCAGUUUGAACAAUCAUAACAUGGUGGGGAAGGACGAGGUCUUCGGACAUAUUAUUUUUAACAAAUUGUCUCCACAUAGAUCAACAAUUGAUCAGUGGAGACUAACAGAAGAUGUACCAUAUCAAGAACAUGUAGCUUGGCAUUCCAUUGUUGAUCCAGCCGAACUGUAAUAUUUGGACUUAGAAAGGCGAAACAAAACUGCUUUAGGAUAAGCCCUUCUAUAUAUUGAAGCUAAAAUAAGCCCUGUUAUCAUUUUCGAAAUCAUUUUUCAUGGCUACAAGUAGGGGGCAAAUGCAAGAAUUAAACCCAAACCAAAAUGAUCUUUUUUAAACGUGUAAAAUCCACAUUUAUUUGUGUUGCUUCGAAUAAGGCAAUUAUUCACGUGCAAAACUUAUAAUAAAAAGGAAGCUGACAGCACACGCUUGCAUAGCUGAGAUACCAUAAAUAGGUUAUACCACAAAAGGCAAAUUUGACAGAGACCUCGGUUUGGCGAUAAGGCAUUUUGUUCCACAUACUAAGAUCUCACGGCUUAUCCAAUCACUAGAAUAGUGCUUACCCAAUGCGCACGCUCAGGGCGCAAACAACGCAGGUCAUGUGAUGUAAACAAACAACCCACAUGUUCAAUGAGUUCGGA